GCACACAUCUACUUGUUUGUCUUUAAAAACUAACCAAACUAAGCGGAUGUGUGUCGAGGUAACAUUUGAUUUCUUGCGAAAAAAAUGCUGAAGAUUUCGGUGACAAAAGUUGACUGGUGCGUUUGUUAGGAUGUCUUCGCCCAAAUCAUGGUGCCCGAUAUAUUUACAGACCAGUGUAGUAUUUUAAACUUCGUGUCAUCGUUGAAUCUGCCGCCUGUCGUUGCUUCUUUGGAAUUUGCUAGGACAAGUGCUAAUUGAAGCUUGAUAAUGUCAUAUCCCAGGUUCAAGCCAAAUAUUUCACCAGUGAGGAAUGCGGAAAGCGAUUAUCAUUCGUGGUACGACGAAUGUACCUGCUGUCCCUAUGGGUACCACAUCGACCUGGACUUCGUACGCUAUUGCGAAUCCAUCAGCAAGGAGGAUAAAAAUCGCACUGGGUCUAUUAAAAGAAGAAAAGACCGUAGAAAGCAAAGACAGAGCAUGGAAAUGCUUCUAGGCUUGACACCACCCGUGUUGGCUGUAUUAGAUGAAGCAUACAAGCCUGAAUAUCUGCAAAAAUCACCGAAAAUUAUUCAAAAAACCAAUCGACAAGAACUUCAGUUUCCGUUUACAGACGGCUUUGACGAUGCAGUCUCUGAUUUCGAACGAGCCUUGCAAAGAUCCAAGAAUAAGUUGUCCAACAAUUUACCAGAUGUUACUGCUGUUUCAGAGAAUCUGCGAAGGGUGCCUUCAAUCUCGUCAUUGUCCACCACUUCUGGCUCUUUGACGGUUCUGCCAGAUAACCAGGAUGGACAGCUGAAGGGCGACUUCGACUCAGUCAGCAUCGAAUCUUGUGGACUGAGCCCUAUGGCGUUGCAAAACAUCAGAGAGGCCCUGGCACUCAGCCUCGAGCACACCAAGCAACUGGAGAGCCAAGUGAAACUAAUACCCGACCUACAGGAUGAACUAGCGUAUUUAAGACAAGAAAACAAACGCUUACAUCACCAAAUAAAAUCGGAAGAAGCUUCUAAAAAGACCCUUUUAAAUGGAAACUACGAACCUGCUGCACCAGUGCCUCCAAAUCGAAGACGAUCGCAGAGUUUCACCCACAUAGAAAACUUUAAUGACGAAACGAAGAAAGAACCUCCUCCUCCACCUCCCAGAAAGGAUUUCGGUGUGAUGUGCGGAGUUUUAACCAGAAAUAUCGGGGUUGGACAUCAGAAUCCCCACACAAAACACGCAGCUACACUGACCACCGAAUUUGCGGACAAGUGGUAUGUAGAAAAAGCAAAAUUCCUGAACACAUCACCCAUAGUGAGCCCUAAAAUCACGGCUAGUAGGAGCACGCAAACUGUUAACCUUAGGGAUAAGAGGGACAUGGGAAUUCAGUCGUCCAUACAGGCACCCAAGGCAGUGACCGAAGUGAAGUUUUGCCAGACAGAUACCAUCCAAAAACCAAUAACUUCUAACGCAGCUAUACAGGCUGUGACUCGAAUGUCUGAUUUCGCUGUUCAAAAGGACGUGGAAUCUUAUUCGAUCGGGUGUUCAAAAGACACCAUAACAGACGUUCUCUGUGAAAAAUGCAGCAUUGUAAAAAUAUCCGUAGGAGUAGGCCCUGAGAAAGACGAAGACUUGCACACAUCGCCAGUAUCAUUAUCCGCUUUAAAUAAUAGAAGUAAGUCGUUUAAUUUAGGAGAGGAAAGACUAGAUUUGCACAAAAGAACACGAACGGUAGCUUCCCAAUACGACAACACCAAUACAAUAUCGAGGGGUUGUCAGAGUGAGAUUAAAACGUCAUCUAAGUCUUCCCAGCACGAGGUGAAGAAUGCAGAAAAGACUACGCAGUCAGAAUACACUUCUGAAAGCAAGAAAACUGAUACUGAGGACUUGAAAACACCUACAAAGUCCGUGGCUUGCGAAAUCAGGGAAUACAAACCAAAAACUUCGGAAAAAGGCAGCAAUACGAUAAGCGAAGAAAAGGAAGUGUCUGAGGAGAAAAUUUGUGCGAAAUGCGCCAGUAAAGAGAUGGAAUCUUCUAAGGAAUUCAAAACGCCAGGUAGUCCGAAUCCUAGUAGAAUUCCUGUACCGACCACACCGAUUGAAGCUCGGAAGUUUAGGAGGCAGGAUACUUAUACAAAAUUGUAUUCUUCAUCCCCUACAGAUAAAUCUCCAAUAGAUCCUUCCAAAUUAUCGGGCCUAGAUUUAUCGCCAAAAUCAGUUUCCACAGAAGCAAUAAGCAACUUUGAAAAAGUAAAAGAAAACCUCAAACUCGACAUCCCAGCCAAUGCUUCCACCUCAAAAUCGCAAAACGGCUUGAGCACUUCGUUUUCUAAAGUUCAAAUACAGGAAACAACACUGCCAGUAUCGGAGUCGACAAUAUUCCAACCGUCGACAGACAAUAGACUGAAGGCAACUCCUAGUAAAGAAAUGCAGGGUGCAAUGAAGGUCCUUAACGAUUCCUUGCAAAAAAGCCCAUCUAGAAUAGGCAAGAACCAAAGUGCAAUAAACAUAGUGCAACAGGAAUGGUUUAAGAUAUCCAGCUUAGUUACCGCAAACCCUCUAGAUGUAGAAGACUAUUUAGACGCAUUUGAAGAUAUCUCUUUAUUACUUCUUCAGUAUAUCGUGAACAUGACUGAUGUCAGUGGAAAUACAGCUAUGCACUAUGCGGUCUCUCAUGGAAACUUUGACGUCGUGUCCAUUCUUCUGGAUUCCAAAGUAUGUGAUAUUAACAAACCGAACAAGGCUGGCUACACCAGCGUCAUGUUAGUUUCUUUAACGGAAGUCAGAAGCCAGACACAUGCCAACGUCAUUAGAAGACUCUUUCAUUUGGCAGACGUAAACAUACGUGCUUCACAGCAUGGUCAAACUGCUCUGAUGCUAGCAGUGAGUCAUGGGCGUCUUGAUAUGGUGAAAAUGUUACUUGAGGAAGGAGCAGACAUCAAUAUUCAAGAUGAAGAUGGUAGUACAGCUUUAAUGUGCGCCGCUGAACACGGCCACAUCGAAAUCGUCAAGCAUUUCCUUAGUCAACCAGAUUGUGAUUCUAGUAUUACUGAUGUUGAUGGCAGUACAGCGUUGAAAAUAGCUAUGGAAGCUGGACACAGGCACAUAGGAGUUCUAUUGUAUGCUCACGAACGAAACUUUCAGAAACCUCAUCCGAACAAAUUGAAAAAAACGAAAUCAAACAGCCCUAAAACUCCUUCAUCUCCUCUUCCAAUUAGAAGUAGUCAUCGUGCUCUAACUGACACAAAAAAGUAAUUUUUAGAUCCAGACAAAAAUAGUGAUUUUGAUUUAUUCUUAAAUUUGACACACACUAUAGAAUCUCUAAUUACAAAGGGUAUUAUUUUGUACUUAAAACGUAGAUUGAGUACAAUAUGUUUCAGCUAAUCAGCACUACCCAAGUACACAUACAUGUACAUAAUCCUCAAAGAUGACAGCGAUUUUUACAGUUUAAAAUGUGUUUAUAUCACAAAUGUAGGUGUAUUAACUAAACCACUUGUUUCUUAUUUAUACUAGUGUGUCAUAUAUUUUGUUACUUAAUUGUUAAAAAAAUAUAAAACUGUUUGUAUUUUUAAAUAACUGACUGAGAAAAAUAUUUUGCCUCGUUUUGCAUAGCUACCCUGUACAUAUUUUUAUACAUCGACUUAAAGAAUAUUUUUUUCAAUCAGUAUAUUAUUUGUUAUAUAGUACAAUAACUGUUAACUGUACAAUUUAGUAUACUAGCAUUUUGAAUUAAAAGAUUUCCAUGUUUUAUAUAUUUUUAACCAACUAACACCUUAAUUAUAUCUUAUCCCAAAGUGUUUUUAUUUCAAUAAGUGGAAAUCUAAAAAUCUAAUUCAAUUUGAAUUGAAAAUAAACAUUCCAUUGUUUCUAAUAUGUAUGUGUGUUGUAAUAUAUUGUACAAUUUAUGCUAAUAAUACAGUGUUUGCAGAAAUUCUUAUAAAUUUAUUUCCUAAA